AUGGAAGGCACAGAAAAAAUAAAGAGAAAGGGAUUGUAUCCGAUUCAAACCCCAGGCUUCAUUCCGUACCCGGAACCACCACCAGAGACCAAAUCCGAAGAGCAAAUUCGAUUGCCAAGCUCCAUUCGCGCUCUCAAAGACUCUCAUCAGUCGGGCCAUCAUCCCCGAACGCUGGUAAUUUGUCUCGACGGCACGGGUGACCAAUUCGACAAUGAUAACAGCAACAUCGUCAGUUUCGUUUCGUGCCUCAAGAAGCACUCCCCCGCCGAGCAAGUAACGUAUUACCAGUCUGGCAUCGGCACAUAUGACAAAGGUGGGUUGAAGAAUGGCAUCGGAGCAGCGAUGGACAUGGCGGUGGGGAGUGGUCUCGGUAUUCACAUCAAAGAUGCCUACCGGUUCUUAAUGCAGAACUACCACGAGGGCGAUAAAAUUUGCCUGCUCGGCUUUUCCCGAGGCGCGUACACGGUCCGCUGUCUGGCCGGCAUGUUGCACAAAGUCGGCCUACUUCCCGCCAGUAACGGUUCGCAAAUCAACUUCGCCUACGACUUCUACAAAGACGAUUCGAAGGAGGGUUGUCAACUGGCCUCCGAUUUCAAAACAACUUUUUGCACCCACGUCAGCGUCUACUUCGUCGGCGUCUUUGACUGCGUCGCCAGCGUGGGUUUCAUCCCCCGCAAGAUGCCCCUGAGCAAGUCACCAACAAAUUCCAUCCGCCACUUCCGCCACGCCAUGGCCCUCGAUGAGCAUCGCGCCAAGUUCAAGGUCUGUCAUUGGCAGCAGCAUGACCCAGACGAUACGCCCGGCCUCCCCAAGCGUCGCGGCACCAUUGACUUCACCCCCUUCGACCGGCUCAAGCGCAGCGGCAUAGCAACACGCUUCAGAAGAAAACCAAAUACUGCUGCCAACGCCAACGGCGUCGGGAAACCAAACUCUCGCCACCGCGAAUUCCGCACAGACGCUCUCGAAGUCUGGUUCCGAGGCGCCCACGCUGACGUCGGCGGUGGCGCCGUCAAGAACGAAAGCCGGCACAUGCUAUCGCGCAUCCCGCUCCGUUGGAUGCUGCGCCAGUGUUUUAACUGUAACACGGGAAUUUUAUUCGAUACCUGCCGGCUGGCUGACCAUGGACUAGACGUGCACACACUGUGGCCGGUGUACCAACCGCGCGCGAAGCCUACUGUCGGCCCUCCGCCUGCACUGUUGGAGAAGUACGAGAAAAAGUCCCUAGCGCCGUUGAGGCAACGAUCAACAUUCUUGCCUAUCGGGCCGGAGGAGUAUGGGAUUGAAGGGGCGCCGUCAGCGGAGGAUUUGCAAUAUGUGCUCCCUUCGGAGUCGACUGAGGAUCAUUUCGACUGUAUGGAAGAGCCGAGGGACCAGCUGGUUGAUGCGAAGUCGUGGUGGAUGUUGGAGAUCUGGCCGGUGAAGAUUCAUGUUCUAGCUAGCGAUGGAGAAGGAUGGGAGAAGAGAGUAAGAAUGAACUUGGGGCGGCAUCGAGCUAUUCGUGAGUUGCAGCCCAAGUUGCAUUGGACGGUGCAGCAUAGGAUCAAUGAAAGGACAUACGACCUGAAGACAAGAGCUGUGAAGAACACUUCAUGGCUGGAGGUUGUCUGA